AAAGGAGCUGUCUGCGCAGGUUACUGCGCAUGUUAAUCACAACAUAGUAUGAGCGCAUGCUACUGCAGGUUUCAUCCUCUUCAUUAGUGCUUGAUUUUCUUUAUACAUUAAUCUGAAAUGCCACCAAAGGGCAAAGGUGGCAAAGGUGGUAAAGGAGCUGCUUCAGGAAGUGCAGACGCAGACAAGAAAGAAAAAGCACCAAAGGGAGGAACUGCUGUGAAGGUUCGACAUAUCCUCUGUGAAAAACAUGGAAAAUGCAUGGAGGCAAUGGAGAAACUGAAGGCUGGAGUCCGUUUCAGUGAAGUAGCAUCACAAUACAGUGAAGACAAAGCUAGACAAGGAGGUGAUCUGGGGUGGAUGACGCGAGGUUCGAUGGUCGGACCUUUCCAGGAGGCAGCUUUCGCCCUACCCAUCAGUUCCAUGGAUAAACCUGUGUACACAGACCCUCCUGUCAAGACAAAGUUUGGGUACCACAUAAUUAUGGUAGAGGGGAAAAAGUGACGUGGCUCAACGCUUGAAAUGACAAAUCCCACCGUGUGCUAUCUUGUAAAACUGAUUAUCUCCUUUUGGUUAAAUGCACACUGCCUUACUGACAGUUCAACCUGAGGGGAAGUAUUCUUAACUUUUACAUUCACAUAAUUCACCAGAUUCUCUGAUAAAGUGUGUGGGAAUCAAAUCACAAAUGGACUAAAUAAAUGCAUUUUCAUUGAAGUAGUACAAAA